UUAGGCUGAAGGAACUGUUUCGCUGCCAGACAAGGCUCCGCUGAUAGCCAGGUGUAGCAGUGGUAAGGAGUUGGGACUGCUGAUGGGACUCUGCCGUUGGGACAGCUUUAUGUAGGGCCUAACAGUCUGUGGGUACCGUUUGUCACCGUUAUAGGGCAAUGCAUGUAUUGUUUAGUGUUCUGUGGUGUAAUGGCUUUGCUGGCAUGCAUCUAAAAAUAUAUAUUUUUGCGCCACCAAGAUUUACAUGCUAAAAUCGCCAGUGAUUUGGUUUACGUUGUUGAACAUUGCAUGAAUGAUAAAAAAAUAUCACAUCAAACUGGUAUGAAUGAUAUAAUCAGCCGGAAGUAUUAUUUUAUUGAAUGACUGGUAUUCAUCCAUUAAAGGUUGGAAACGCAUUUUUUGUGGGCGGAAACCUCCAGUACGGUUGAUAUCGUAUUCACCAAGCAAAUACCGUCAACAAUGUCACGUUUUCUAUCGCUCAUGUACUCUACGCAAGUCUUUUGCGUAAUCUGCUACGCGAGAUAGUAGCUUUCACUCAAAGGACAUUUAAAUGGCUACACUGUAUAGCACCCACUGUAUAUUGGAUCGCACAAUACGAAUAGUAACAUUGUUUAUAUGUACGUUGUAACAAACCGCGCUUGAGUCGACUCUGCUUUGCAACUGCGUUGUAAUUUGGACCCGAAUCUAUUUGCUGUGUACCCGUUGGAACAGUCAAAAUGAACGAGGAGGAAGACUUUUUACAGAAAACAAGACAGGGGUUUGAAGAUCUCUGUCGAGCUUUGAAUAUGGACGAGGAGGCGAGCAACGAAGCAUGGAAGAGCUACGAAAACAUAAGCAAAAAUUACACAUUAGAGGGCAGUGAGCUACACUGGUUAGCCUGUGCUCUCUAUGUGGCCUGCAGGACAGCCAUACCAACGGUGGGUAAGGGCACCGCGGAGGGAAACUAUGUCUCUCUGACCAGGAUCCUCAGCUGUUCAGAACAAAGCCUCAUUGAGUUCUUUAACAAGAUGAAAAAAUGGCAGGACAUGGCAAGUCUGCCCCAAGACUUUUGCCAGAGCACGGAGAAACUGGAGAGGAAUUUCACAAUUUCUGCUGUCAUCUUCAAGAAAUACAUCCCCAUAUUCAAAGCCAUCUUUAAGGCGCCCUCUGACGACCCACCCAGAGUCCACAGGAGCCGCAAACAGAGACGCCAUCCCUGCACUGUCGCUGAAGUCUUCAACUUCUGCUGGAUUCUGUUUGUCAACGCUAAAGGAAACUUCCCUAUGAUCAGUGAUGACCUGGUGAACUCAUACCACCUGCUGCUGUGUGCUCUGGACCUGGUUUUCUCCAACGCUCUACUGUGUAACACCAGGAAGGAGCUGCUCAACCCCAACUUCAAAGGCCUUCCUGAGGACUUCAACAGUAAGGACUACAAGCCUACUGCAGGGCCUUACUGCUUCAUAGAACAGCUGUGUGAACUGCAUGAUGGCCUGGUGCUGGAGGCAAAGGGGGUCAAGGAACACUUCUGGAAACCGUUCAUUAAGAGGCUCUUCCAUAAGAAGAUUCUCAAAGGGAAAGAAGAUAGCUUGACUGGCUUUUUCGAUCCUAUGAAUUUUGGAGACAGUUUUGCAUCCAUGGGACGUGUGUACGAGGAGCAUGUUCUAGCCACAGGGGGUCUGGAUGAGAGGAUCUUCCUGGGAGAGGGGGCCAAUGAAGACCUUGGCACACCAGGCCCCUGUCUCUGUGUGGGAGUAAAGAACCAGGACGCCUCUGCAUACAGACUCUACAGCAGUCUGACUGCCUCAGCCUUGAAGGUGUCUACUCCUCUGACGGGUCUUAAGUAUGUCCAGGACAACUGUCUGGGCACGCCGGUAUCUACAGCCAUGCAGAGUGUUGGCCGACUCCACAGCCUGCUCACAGGACUCAAACACCGCCCCAGUGGCAGACUCACAGACUUACUGAGGGCGUGUGCCAGAGACCCAAGUGAGACAAUCUCCACUAGGCUGAAGGACAUGUGCCAGGUCUUUUGUCAGCACUUUGAGGGCAAAGGGGAGGAGAACGCAGGACUGGGGAAAGACAUUGCAGUGAAGUACUUCCGCCUGGCGGAGGCGCUCUACUAUAAAACCCUGGAGGCCGUCAUUGACCAGGAGAAGGAGAGACUGGGCGACACGGACCUCUCUGGUAUUCUGGAGCAGGAUGUGUUCCAGCGCUCUCUGCUGGCCUGCUGUCUAGAGAUUGUCAUCUUCUCCUACCGACCCCCAGGGGACUUCCCACGAGUCAUACACAUCUUCCAGCUCCCCGCAUACCACUUCUACAAGGUGAUUGAGGUGCUGGUACGGGCAGAGCAGGGCUUGUUCAGGGAGGUAGUGAAGCAUCUGAACCAGGUGGAGGAACAGGUCCUGGAGAGCCUGGCCUGGAGGGGGGGAUCCCCGCUGUGGGACAGCGUCAGGGAGGCCAAGAACCAGCCACCAGCUUGCCAAGAAGUGAUGCCACCGCAGCACCUGGAGGAUGGGAACGGGGACAGCAGUGCUGGCAGCGCCCCUCUCAUCCCUAACAUCCAUGGCACUGACCUAAGCACCAACAGUGGUGGGAAAGGUGUUUCUCCCUCUCCCACCACCCUGUUGGACCGCUACAGCUCCCCCCCCACGGGCUCGGCCAGGAGACGGCUGUUUGUGGACGCUUCCUUCGACACCUCAUCGGACCCCUCCUCCACCAGCACCACUACUGCCACCGUCAGGACCUCCCAGGCCAUCGUCACCACCACCAUCCCUGCCGGACAGACAGUGGUCACUAUGGCAACGGCCACGGUUACCGCUAACAAUGGACAGACGGUCACCAUACCUGUGCAAGGAAUAGCCAAUGAGAACGGAGGCAUCACCUUCAUCCCUGUCCAGGUGAGUGUGACGGGACAAGGCACGGCCAUGCUCCAGCCCCUGUCUGCCCAGUCCCUGACUGGCACUUUGACCAGCCAACCACAGACCACCACCACCCUGAACAGUCCUGCCCCACAAGGCAGCCCCGCCACCAGUAAACCAAUCAAGAAGCUGGCAGCCCAGGUCCCGUCCAGUAACAAGCCUCAGAAAAAAGGUUCCCUCUCGCUGUUCUUCCGCAAGGUAUACCACAUGGCCAGUGUGCGUCUGAGAGACUUGUGUGCCAAGCUGGACAUCUCUAGUGAGCUGAGGAGGAAGAUCUGGACGUGUUUUGAGUAUUCCCUGGUGCAAUGCACAGAGCUCAUGAUGGACCGACACCUAGACCAGCUCCUCAUGUGUGCAGUCUACGUCAUGACCAAGGUGACCAAAGAGGACAAGUCCUUCCAGAACAUCAUGAAGUGCUACCGCUCUCAGCCCCAGGCCAGCAGCAGCGUCUACAGGAGUGUGUUGAUCUCUGGGAAGAAGAAACGUCUCUCGGGAAGCAGUGUGGGAAACACACAGAGUUCUCCCACAGACAACAGCCAGAAGCAGGGGAGUGGAGACAGCAGCCCAGUGCCCAUGUGUUCCACCAGCACCCUACCUGCCCCGCAGCCUGGCAGCAUCCCAUCCACCCCCACCCUGGCCCCCUCCACCUCCUCAUCCCUCCCUCCCUCCCAGGAGCAGGAUAAGGAGGGGGGAGUGGUGGGGGAGGAGGAGCGAGGAGACCUCAUACACUUCUACAACCGGGUCUACAUCAAACAGAUGCGUCACUUUGCCCUCCGCUACUCGCCCAGCUCGCCCUCUGCAGGGGUGCAGUCUCCUCCCCUGUGCCCGUACCCCUCCCUGAGGACCAGCUCCCCUCGCAGGGUCCUCCUGUCCCACAACCACUCGAUCUACAUCUCCCCCCACAAGACUACUGGAAGCCCCCCCACCCCCUCCAUUACCGCACGGGACAAGAUCUUAUACUACAUCUGCAGCAGCCCAUCCAACCGCCUGGCGGAGAUCAACAGUAUGAUCCGCACCGGGGAGACGCCCACCAAGAAGCGCAGCAUGCAGCUUGAGGAGGAGCCAUCGCCCAAGAGGGUGUGUCUGGACAACCAGACGGCCCUGCUCCGCAGAUUACAGGACGUGGCCAACGACCGUAGCUCCUCCCACUGAGGCAGGACACAACCCCUUCAGAACACUAGAUGGUCAUGAUAGAAAGGAACAUUUUGGCAAUAUAAUAAAUAUCAACAUUUAUGAGUAUAUAUUUGAUUUUCAUUUAGGGGUAAGGACAGGCGUAAGGUUAGGAGGAAGGUUCAGUUGUUAGUGUUCAUGGUCGGUGGUUGGUAGUUCUUAUGAUUUGUGUCUAGAAAGUACCAUACUUCUGUCCAUGGCCAGAUUGUGAUGAGCGGCUCAAUUAUUUUAUCACCAUGGCAAUAAGACUAGCUGGUUGUUUUAGCAACAAAACCGAUGCGUGCGCGAUUAUGGUGCUAAACAGAAUGGGUUGGCUUAAUUGUUGACAUGUCAACUAUAUUUCGUCUCCAAUGUUUAUUGAAAACAUAUAUACAGUUGAAGUCGGAAGUUUACAUACAAUUAGGUUGGAGUCAUUAGAACUUGUUUUUCAACCACUCCACAAAUUUCUUGUUAACAAACUAUAGUUUUGGCAAGUCGGUUAGGACAUCUACUUUGUGCAUGACACAAGUCAUUUUUCCAACAAUUGUUUACAGACAGAUUAUUUCACUUAUAAUUCACUGUAUUACAAUUCCAGUGAGUCAGAAGUUUACAUAAACUAAGUUGACUGUGCCUUUAAACAGCUUGCAAAAUUCCAGAAAAUUAUGUCAUGGCUUUAGAAGCUUCUGAUAGGCUAAUUGACAUCAUUUGAGUCAAUUGGAGGUGUACCUGUGGAUGUAUUUCAAGGCCUACCUUCAAACUCAGUGCCUCUUUGCUUGACAUCAUGGGAAAAUCAAAAGAAAUCAGCCAAGACCUCAGAAAAUAAAUUGUAGACCUCUACAAGUCUGGUUCAUCCUUGGGAGUAAUUUCCAAUUGCCUGAAGGUACCACGUUCAUCUGUACAAACAAUAGUACGCAAGUAUAAACACCAUGGGACCACGCAGCCGUCAUACCGCUCAGGAAGGAGACGCGUUCUGUCUCCUUGAGAUGAAUGUACUUUGGUGCGAAAAGUGCUAAAUCAAUCCCAGAACAGCAGCAAAAGACCUUGUGAAGAUGCUGGAGGAAACAGGUACAAAAGUAUCUAUAUCCACAGUAAAACGAGAUCUAUAUUGACAUAACCUGAAAGGCCGCUCAGCAUGGAAGAGGCCACUGCUCCAAAACUGCCAUAAAAAAAAGACCAAGGUUUGCAACUGCACAUGGGAACAAAUAUCAUACUUUUUGGAGAAAUGUCUUCUGGUCUGACGAAUCAAAAAUAGAACUGUUUGGCCAUAAUGACCAUUGUUAUGUUUGGAGGAAAAAGGGGGAGGCUUGCAAUCCAAAGAUCACCAUCCCAACCGUGAAGGACGGGGGUGGCAGCAUCAUGCUGUGGGGGUGCUUUUGCACAAAAUAGAUGGCAUCAUGAGGCAGAAAAAUGAUGUAUAUAUAUUGAAGCAACAUCUCAAGACAUCAGUCAGGAAGUUAACGCUUGGGUCACAAAUGGGUCUUCCAAAUGGACAAUGACCCCAAGCAUACUUCCAAAGUUGAGGCAAAAUGGCUUAAGAACGACAAAGUCAAGGUAUUGGAGUGGCCAUCACCGAGCCCUGACCUCAAUCCUAUAGAAAAUGUGUGGGCAGAACUGAAAAAGCGUGUGCGAGCAAGGAGGCCUACAAACCUGACUCAGUUACACCAGCUCCUCCAGGCGGAAUGGGCCAAAAUUCACCCAACUUAUUGUGGAAGGCUACCCAAAACCUUUGACCCAAGUUAAACAAUGUAAAGGCAAUGCUACCAAAUACUAAUUGAGUGUAUGUAAACUUCUGGCCAACUGCGAAUGUGAUGAAAGAAAUAAAAGCUGAAAUAAAUAAUUUUCUCUACGAUUAUUCUGACAUUUCACAUUCUUAAAAUAAAGUGGUGAUCCUAACUGACCUAAGACAUCAUUUUUAGGGUUAAAUGUCAGGAAUGAUGAAAAACUGGGUUUAAAUGUAUUUGGCUAAGGUGUAUGUAAACUUCUGACUUCAACUAUACAUUUGCACAAUGCGAACUUGUUGUCUCUCAAAUACAUUGUUAGUUGUUGGUUACCUAGCUAGUCAAUUUUAGCCAUAGAUGUGAUAGCAGUCAAAACACCUCAAAACAAGACAUCAAGAACAAAAUAAAAGUAGCUGAUACAAGCCACCUACGAUUCCCCACAUGGCAGCUUCUUGUCAUUGUUGCUAUCUGGCCUUCCAGAAUCACAACAACACACAGACAUUUUCGUGAUAUCAGCUAACCCAUCUAUAUAUUUCUACACAUAUCCAGAGUCAAGGGAAUGUAUUUUGUCUAAAUACACAGCAAAUACAGAAUGGACUGUCAGUGUUGUGGUGCUUUGCAAAUGUGCAUAUAUGGUGGAGUAUGCUUCAAAAUCACAUGCAUUUUAAAGUCUAUUCUAAUAAAUAAUGUUACUAACUUGCUCAUGCCUGCAAUUUAGCUGUUCAAUAUACUAUGCAUGAAUGCCUUUCAGUGUUUUGAGAUUAUUCUGGAGACAAAAUGCAUCAUUACAUCGUCUGUUAUGUAGAAAUGUAUUUUGGAUUUUAUAUGUCAGAAGUUUAUAUAAUGAGCUUUUUUUUUUUUUUUUUUGAGCCAGAAGAGAAAGCACUUGACAAUGACCAUGUUCUUAAUACUUUGUACACUGUUUCAAAAAUAAGUAUUUUUGAAGCUUUUGUAAUACCAGAGAAGAUGACAUGAUGUCUUCAAGUGUCCCGGGUUUCUUUUCCAAAGUCAGAAAAACAUUUUUUUUUUUAUAUAUACUUCAUUUUAUGCUCUUAUUUGUCGUUUAUAUUUGUGUGAAAUCGGUCAGAUAUUUAUGCUACUUUUUUAACUUUAGAUAUGUUAGCAAGCAACUAUAACUUUCCCUUAACAAUGACGAGUAGUAGAAUCACUGACAACAAUAUGUAUUUUCAGUCUCAUGUAGCUACCAUUAAUUAAUUAUGUAGCUACCAUUAAUUAAGGUAAUCAUUUUAGUAUCCAAUCUAUUUGAUAUUUGUGUUAGUCACAAUUGUAUGUUAUCGUUUUGUUAAUCACCAACUUAGGAAAAAAAAGAAAGCAUAUUAUUUUAUCGUGCACAAUGUUUCUGAAUUUUAUUGUGAGAUUCUGUUUUGAAUCGAUUCAUUUAAGCUAUACAUGUACAUGUCUUUGUUUAACUUGUCUAGCUGGUAAAAAAAAAACAUCCUUGGAAAUAAAAAUAUAUAUUUAGGAGUCAUACAA